UGAAUUGUUGCAUUGUUGUCCCCCCUCCAGAGUCCAAAUGCUGGAGCGAGAGUACCGCAUCCUCGUUCCCAUGACGGUCGACGAGUACCGGAUUGGACAGAUCUACAUGACUGUGCGGCACACCGAGAAGGAGACGCAGGCCGGCACCGAGGUCGAGGUUGUGGUGAACGAGGCGCGCGAGCAUCCCGAGCUCGGUCCCGGUCACUACACGGAGAAGCGGUACUACCUCGCGAGCAAGUUCCCAGGGUGGCUCGCAGCAAUAGUACCGAGCAACAUGUAUCUCUGCGAGAAGAGCUGGAAUUGCUAUCCCAAGACAUUGACAGAAACAACGGCGUCGUUUUGCUCGAGCUUUUACUUGCGAAUAGAAACGCUGUACACGUCGCCAACGCCAACAGAAGAAGCUCACCAGCCAUCGCCGCUGCCCAUCGACGUGGUCGACAUUGUUCGCGACGACUAUCCCAAGUCCCAUUACCUAGAGGCCGAAGAUCCGCACUAUUUCACGUCGAUCAAGACGGGUCGCGGUCCGUUGCGGGAAGGCUGGUGCUCGGAUCCAGUCAUCCCCAAAAUGCUCGCCAUCAAACGGGUCUCUGCCAGCUUUGCUUUCUGGGGCUUGCAAACCAAGGUCGAGUCCUUCACACACCAGUGCUUGAGAGAAAUCUUCCUGGUUGGACACCGACAGGCAUUCGCGUGGAUUGACGAAUGGAUUGAGCUGUCUGAGGCAGACGUGCGCGAGUACGAGGAGCAAGUGCUUGCAUGCGCGACCCGUUCUCAUCAGAGUACUGCCGAGACGCAUCAGCAUCAUCACACAGCUCCUGAUUCACUGCAACGAUAAAAGAUAGGCCAUCGGCCAACGAAACGGACGACGGCAAGCCGUCACUUGUACAUGUAUCACCUCAUUAGCUCCUUUGUUAUUGCUUGAAUUGAUUUCAACAAAACUGUGUUAAUACAAAAAAAAAAAAAACAGCAACAAA